AUCUUUUUCAAACUGGCGUAUUUUAUUGGAUUGGAAACGAUGGAAAAUGACAAAAUCCUUGAAAUUAGCUCUGGACAAUUGGAAAAACUAUCACCACAAAUCAAACGAUUUAUUAGUUUUGUCAAUGGUCUCAAAAAGCCAACAAGUGAGCAGUUAGAGGACUUCAACGAAAAGGCGACACAGUUUAUAAAGGAAUUGAACAAAAUCAAUGAGACAGUAAAACAAAUUAAACAGGACAAGGACUCAGAAAAUCAAAACCCAAAACUGGAGUCAAUGAAAAGUCAACUCCUAGUCAAAAUCUCCACACUGACUGAUAAAUUAAGCAAACUAGACAAGAAAAUUGGAGUAAUUGAUGGUAAUUCUUUGUCAGCGAAUGAAAGCAUCACCAGGCGAGAUUCAAAGUCUCAAGAUCCAGAAUCGACACUUCCAACAAGUGAUACUACAGACAUAAACUUAAACGAAGACAAAGUUGGCGGGUCAAGUAAAAAGGAUAAAGGCAAGAAGUCAAAAGGCGAAAUGAAAUCAGCGGAAGUCAAAAAAACCAAAACAAAAGCAGUGAAUGAUGUCAAGGAUGGUGUUACAGUUGUUGCACAAGUGCAUGCUGUUGAAGAUGUGAAUGAAAGUAACGAAGAUAUUGAUAAUCAUGAUUGUGUUGAUAAUAAUAAUAAUAACGAUGCUAAAGAUGAUGGUAAAACCUCUGGAAAGCUUAGAUCUCCAAAACGAUUAUUAAAAUCUGGUAAAAAGGCCAAAACACCUAAAGAUGAAAAUGAAGCUUCUCUCAAGAAAAGUAAGAAGACGAGUAAAAAGAAAGAAAAAGCAACUAAUGGCAAGUCAAACAAAGUGAAAAAAGCGAAUGAUGAGAAACUGCUGAUUGAAAAACCAUCCAGUAAACAAGGAAACAAUGCAGAAGAUAUUGAAACGAUAGAAGAGUUGGAAGAUGAAGAAGGUCGAGAAGACGAAAGCGAGGCGGAUCGAGUUGAACCUUUUCAGAAGGAUACCAGUGAAGUUAAUGAAAAGACUGAUACAAAGGAAAUAAUCAUUUCACAGAAUUCCUCUCAAGUCAAUACUGAGAAGGUAAACCAAAUGACUGAGGCUGUGCCACCUAUCCAACCAAAUAAAGAGGCAGCCAUAGAGUUUUAUCGAACAUUUCGUCAAUGGGCUGGAGAAGAUGAAGACGAUUUGUCAUUUAAUUCUGGCGAGACUUUAAGGAUUAUAGAGAAAGAUGAUGAUGGCUGGUGGCUUGGAGAAAAUAUCCAAGGUCAACAGGGUUUAGUUCCAAUGAAUUUUCUUAAAAAAAUUGAUCUUACUGAAUCAGAGUGGCAGAAAAUGAAAUCGGAAUAUGAAAAGAGUGGUAAAAUGCAAGCCGAAGACAGUCCGCAGACAUACAGUGAUGCUGAUGACGAACAAGUUAAUGAAGGCGAACUGGAAGAAAGGAAAGAAAUUAAAGUUCUGCAAACUAAAAAUAGUACUAAUCAGCCUACUGUUCGUACUGAAGACAUCACUAAACAUGAUGAUGAUGAUGAUGAUGAUACUUGGGGAAAUGAAGUUGAUAAUGGCCAAGAAGACGAAUUUGAAGACACUUAUAGUGUUGAAGAGGAGGUUGACGAUGUAGAAGACAACGACGAGUAUAAUGAAAGCGGAGAAGACAAAGUUAAAACAGUACUAAAUGAUACAAGUAAAAGCUGCACCGUAGCCCAAUUUAGUACAUUCCAAAGUGAAAAGGACAUAUCAAGCUGGUAUAUUAAGAAUAAUGAAAAGGCUGUAAAAUCUUAUCAACCACUGCCCAGCGGUGUUCGUCUAAGCUUUCUUUCACUACCAGGACUAAAUUCAUUUAACUAUCAGAAGUUUUUGUCACCUAAACUCGGAAGUUCACAUCUCGUUUUCACGGACAUCCUUUUAGACGUUGACGGUAAAAAGAUUACACGACGGCAACCACGUUGGCAAAAGAUUCUAACAAUUCAGAAAAUCAGUCAACUGUCACUUCUUGAAGAGUCAAAUUUGUCAAUAUUGAACUGUCUAAUUCGUUUAUGCUUAUUUGAUGGCGUAAAGCCUAUCAGUAAUAUCUGUUACUUGCCUAUAACGCCAACAGAUCGUGAAAAGAAAACCUGGAUAGUUACUCCACAUAAUAUUCGGAAAUCUGAGAAGGCGUACGAAUUAUCCUCCGACUUAUUUAUACGCUAUAAUGAGUUCAAUAUGAAUGUCUGUCUACUCAUAGAAGUUGGAAUUCUCGUAACUAAACAGAAUGCCAACCAACCAAUUGAAUUGAGUCUUGGAUGGAUUACUGUACCACUGUAUGAUGAAAAUGGUCAGAUUAUGCCGAAUAAAAAUUAUGAAUACCCACUGCAAGAGAGUCUACCAUUCGAAACUAAGAAUGCUGAUAAAGGAUCAGUUAAAGAUGGUAGUCUGAAAAGUCGUGUGCAAAAUUUGCUUUUCAACAGAACAACUCAGAUGACCAUACGAUUCAGUCAGCCAAAUAAAGAACAACAAGACAAAUUGGAUGCUCUUCCCGAUGUCCUAAUCGGUUUGCUGGGUUAUACACCAUUUCUCAGUUAUCAUCGUGACUUUUUGGCGAAUGUAUUCCCUGGUUACCGUGGAUCAAGUGAAAAAGACCGACUGAUUUUACGUCAUGUCCCCCCGGAAGUUGCAGUUUUCCCAGUAAUUGCUGAUUGUCCCCUGCUUAUUGAGUGUUUACGGGUUUCUUGGCAAGAUCGUCUUAAAGAAAUCCCAGCGAAUAAGAAGAAAGAUACAGAAUAUCUGAGAAAGAUAUAUUCAGAUCAUUUUAGAAGGGUGAUUUAUCCUUUUCUUUGGCUACAAGAUGUCCAUUUCUCAAAUGUCAUGAGUGCACAACAAUUUGAGAAUGAUGCAGCCAAAACACUCCUUUUACUUGAUCAAAUUCGACAGGAUAUAAUCGCCUUCGUCACAUCGAACAAAUACAAAUUCAAGUUGAUCACUUCGAAAGAGUUCACUUGUCCAAUUCAGUUUGCCAGCUGAUUCACAGCACUACUACACAACUAAUUUAAAUUGCAAUCAUUUUUAUCAAACAUUUUGUAAUGAUUUGUAUCUAAAUUU